GGUCUUGAAAUCAGCAGGGGAUUUUUUGUGUGUGGCGGUGGGGGUGUGUGGUGUGAAGAAAGAACAGUGAACAGGGCUCUGGUACCAGCAACAAAUGGCUUCAUCCAGAAGCAAAGGCAGCUGCAGUAUCACUUCCUCAAAGUGAAAGUGAAAGUGAAGUAGGUGGAGGACGAGAAAAAGCAAUGUUUGGAGAGACUCCUCUUCUGUAGCCAGGACCUUGCAAGCAGGGAGGCCGUGGAGAGCAGCCGGUGAGGGGGGCCAGAGAGCAGCCCCCAUGGGCACGGAGGAGGGGUGGUGCCUGCUGCUCUGCUUGGCUCUUUCGGGAGCAGCAGACACCGGGCAGUGGCGGGCAGUGGAUGUGGUCUUGGACUGCUUCCUGGUGGAGGAAGGCGGGCACCGUGGAGGUUUUGUCAGCAAGGAGAACAUGGUGAAGGCCUUGCUGGUGCUGAGGCAGGUGCCAGUGCUGGAUGAUGGCUCCCUGGAGGGCUUCACCGAUUUCCAACUGGACACAAGGGCCAAAGACAACCCACCUGUUACCUUUGAGGCCUCAGUGAACCUGGUACAGGUUCCCCAUGCUGAGGCCUUGCUCCAUGCUGACUGCAGUGGGAAGGAGGUGACCUGUGAGAUCUCCCGCUAUUAUCUCCAGGCCAGACAAGAGGCCACUAUUGAGACAGCAGUUUUGUUCAUCACCAACGUGCAGGUAUCUGGAGGGGAACCUAGUAUCUCCAUGGUGAUGAAGACUCUCAGGGAUGCUGACAAUGGGGCUGUCUUGCACCCCACGCUGAAAGUACCCCCGGGCCUCCAGGGGAAUGUGCAGACUGAAGUGGAGUUCCAGGUGACAACACGGACCCCAUCCCUGAGUUUGCUGCUGGGGUCCUCAGCCUCCCUGCACUGCGGCUUCUCCAUGGCACCAGGCUUGGACCUCACCAGCGUGGUGUGGCGGCUGCAGUAUAAGGGCAGUGGCCAGCUGGUGGCCAGCUGGACCUCGGGGCAGGAACACGUCAGGCGGGAGGGCGUUACCCUAGAGCCUGAGCAGCAACUCAUGGCGGGGAAUGCCUCCCUCACCCUGUCCAGCCUCACUCUGAAGGACGAAGGGGCCUACAUUUGCCAGAUCACCACCUCUCUGUACCAAGCUCAACAAAUCAUCCAACUCCAUGUCCAAGCUUCCCCUAAAGUACGACUGAGCUUGGCAAAUGAAGCUCUGCCACCCACCCUCAUCUGCAACAUUGCUGGCUAUUACCCUCUGGACGUGACCGUGACGUGGACCCGAGAGGAGCCGGGUGGAGCCCCGGUUCCCGUCUCUGACGCCUCCUUCUCCAGCCUCCGGCAAAGCCCGGCUGGCACCUACAGCAUCUCCUCCUCCCUGACAGCGGAACCUGGCUCUGCAGGAGCCACUUACACUUGUCAGGUCACCCACGUUUCCCUGGAUGAGCCCCUCAGGGCCAGCAUCUGGGCUUCACCACCAGGGCAGAGAACUAUGGCCUUUGGAGUCCUUUUUGCCAGCAGUCUCUUCCUUCUUGCACUGUUGUACCUGGGGCUUCAGAGAUGGCAAGCUACAUCACCCAAGGUCUGCCAGGACGCCGAGGCCCUCUGGGCAGCCACUCUCCUGCCUCAGAGUAAAAAGAAAGAGUAGUCACGUGCUCCCAGAAGGACUCAGCCCAGGCCCGGAGCUCAGAAAGGCAUGAAGAAUUCACAGAUCACGGGAGCACUGGCUCUGGCUCUGAACAUGUGUAGGCCUCUACCUUUAUUGUGUCCCUGGGCUAAACACAAAAUCAGUGAAGAGGUGAGAGGGCAGCAGGAAGGCAGAAUGUUUGGGUGGAGGUUAACAGAUCAGAGGCGGAGUGGCAGGAAAAGAAAAUGGGAAGAAAUUAAGAAAGGAGCAAGUGAGGGGCAGUGGGGCAACGGGGUGGGGGGUGG